ACAAUUUUAAGAAGGCUGGAUUUUUUGGUUUGUCCCUCAAGAUGGCAGUUUGGGCUACUGCAAAGGCUACAACUGUGAAGUUCUUUAAAAUAUGUAUGGAGAAGAUGCAUGAAUUGGAUGCAGAAGCCGCUGCAUGGUUGAAUGAAAAACCACCCACUGAAUGGUCUAAAUCACAUUUCUCUUCAGGCGCUAAAUGUGAUGUUUUGUUGAAUAAUAUGUGUGAAUGUUUUAACAGUAUGAUUCUUGAUGCUCGAGACAAGCCUAUCAUAACUUUGUUGGAGAAGUUAAGAUAUCUUCUUAUGGCUAGAUUCCAAGCGAAUAGGGAUAAAGUGGAAAGAUGGAAUUCAGGUGAUAUUUGCCCUCGGAUUAAGGACAUAUUGCACAAGAAUGAAUCUGCGGCAGCUGCAUUUAUUCCAAUCAAAUCGAAUCAGUGCAAUUAUGAGAUUCUUGGAGCAUCGAUUGCCGACAAUUGGGCUGUGGACCUACAAAACAGAAACUGUAGUUGUAGAAAAUGGACUAUAACAGGAAUUCCUUGCAAACAUGCAAUAUCGGCUAUUUGGGCUAAAAAAGAUGAUGUUCUUGAUUAUGUUGAUGAUUGCUAUAAAGUUGACACAUAUAGAAGAAUUUAUGAAAAAACCAUCUUUCCGAUUAAUGGAUCACAAUUGUGGCCUAAAUCAAAUAAGGUUCCUCCUUUGCCUCCGAUACUUCUUCCACCCCCCGUGUCAGUCAAGGAUGGGCAUAGUUUCCUCGGGCAUGCAGGAUUCUACAAACGCUUCAUAACGGAUUUUUCGAAGAUCUUGAGUCCGAUGUGCAGGUUACUUGAAAAGGAGGUGAAAUUCCUAUUUGAUGAUACGUGUAUCAAGGACUUUGAAGGUCUAAAGAAGAGAUUGGUAACUGCACCAAUAAUCAUUGCACCUGACUGGAACUUGCCAUUCAAGUUGAUGUGUGAUGCAAGCGACAAUGUUGUGGGGCUGUGUUGGGACAGAGACGAGAGAAAGUUUCUCAUUCUAUCUACUAUGCUAGUAAGAUGUUAG